AUGGCGUCCUGCUUGGCGACGCCGCUGCGCUUCUUGCCCCUGAGCCGCGCAGAGCUCAACCUCAAGAGCUGCCUGCCUUCGGGCCAGUCGUUCCGCUGGCACCGGCUCUCGCCCCCGACGGCCACCCUCCCCGACUCGCCGUCGCCGUCCCCUGCGCCCUUGGACCACCACGCAGAAGAGUGGGCCUUUGCGUGCGACGACCGCACCGUGGUCCUGCGCCAAGAUGACGACGGGCUGCACUACCGCUCGCUGUACCCGCACAAGCCCCCGCACACAGCCUUCCUCGCCGACCUCGAGUCCGACACGUCGCUCCCGUUCCUGCGCUCCUACUUCAACCUCGAGACGGCCCUGUCGCCCCUCUACGCCGACUGGGCGGCGCGCGACGCCAAGUUCAAGCGCAAGAUGGAGCUCGGCGGGUCCUACCUCGAGGGCAUCCGCGUCCUCAAGCAGGACGAGUGGGAGACGCUCGUCUCGUUCAUCUGCUCGGCGAACAACAACAUCUCGCGCAUCACCCUCAUGGUCAACCGCCUGUGCGCGUCCCUCGGCUCGCCCUUGCCGCACCCGUCCGCCUUCGACCCGACGAGCGUCCACACGUCCGCCUCGACCAUCCCCUCUACCGCACCCCUUCCACCACCUCCCGCCCCCGACGGCUCGCCCGCCCCGUCCCUCUUCUCGUUCCCGCCGCCGGCAGCCCUCGUCGCCCCAACGACCGAGGCCCUCCUUCGCGCCCUCGGGUUCGGCUACCGCGCCUCGUUCAUCCCCUCGUCCGCCGCCCACCUCGUCUCGACCUCGAGCGCGGCGGGCCAGACGCCGCACGAGUACCUGCGCAAGCUCAACCGCGAGACGUUCGUCACCGAGGGCGGGGGAGGGAUCGCCGACGCGAGGGCCAAGCUCGUCGAGUUCAAGGGCGUCGGGCGCAAGGUCGCCGACUGUGUCCUCUUGUUCGGGCUCGGCUGGACAGAGACGGUCCCGGUCGACACGCACGUCUUCCAGCAGAUCGCGAUCCGCGACUACCAGUUCCCCUCGACGCGCACGACGGCGCUCACGCCCCUCCUGCACGACCGCGUGUCGACCUUUCUCGCCGAGCGCUGGGGCCCGCACGCCGGCUGGGCCCAGCAGGUCCUCUUCUUUGCCGACCUCAAGAGCUCGCCUACCAAGGUCAAGGCCGAGCACCGCCGGGGCGUGUACGAGCGGCUCGAGGUCGAGCUCGUCGAGAAGGGCGGCGACGGCGGCGGCGGCGGCGGGAGGACGCCGGUCAAGGAGGAGGAGCGCAAGCUCACGUUUGACGAGGAGGUCGCGGCGUUGAUUGCGACGCCGGGCACCAAGCGACGCAGGACAACGGUGCUCCAGGCGAGCGUGACCAAAGGCGGCGCUGCGACGGUCGUCAAGGACGAGGAGGACGUCGAGCUGCUCAGCGGUAGCGACUUGACGAGCCAGGAGGAGGAGGAGGGCUCGCCGAGCAAGCGGAGGGCGAGGGCAAAGAGGCCGCCGGCGGUCAGGCGCAAGUCGUCGGCGCGAGGAGGCCGGGGCGCGGUCAAGAAGGAGGACGAGGCCUGA